AUGGCCGCCGCCGGGGGACCCGCCGCGACGUUCUUGGCCAAUCCGAGCCAGCAGGGCGGCGAGGACCUCAUCCGCAUGUUGCGGACCCGAUGGGACGACGGUGCGUUCUCGGACAUCCGGGUGCGCGUCUUCAACAACGAGUACCCCCUGCACAGGAUGGUGUUGUGCAGGAGCCCGUUCUUCGACCGCCUGCUCCAGGGCGAAUGGAGGGAGAAAAACAGGGAGGUGGUCACUCUCGAAUGUCCAGACCCAAACAUCACUUGUGAGGCGUUUGAAGUGGCCCUUGCACACAUGUAUGCCAAGAGCGUGUGCCUAGAGAAGCACAACGUUCUGCAGGUGCUGGCAGCCGCCUCGUACCUAGACCUCCAGGACCUGUGCAACUCGUGCAUCGAGUUCAUAGUGGAUGACAUGCGCAGCUCCGAAAACUUCCUGUAUUAUUACGGAACAUUUCUGGAGCUCGAGUUUGGGCAGCAUUCCGAGAGGGUCCGCCGUGCUGGCUGGAGGCACCUCUGCAUGAUGGGCGUCGACCAGCUUCGGCUCGUGCUCCUGCAGCUUGACGUUCGCACCCUCAAGAGACUGCUGAUGUCAGAUGAGCUGUGGGUCAGGACUGAGCUCGAUCGGUUCAGCCUUAUCAAGGACGUCAUGUUUCCAAAGUUCUACGAAGCACGUGAGGCGUGCAAGGCAGCGGGGGGCGAAGGUGGCUUGCCACUGUGGUCCUGCCCCUCACUGGGCUCCCCACGCGAUCCUUGGAUCGUCAGUGACGCAUCUACUGCUGCCCUGGAAAAGGGCCAGAAAGACAUCGGACAAACUUCUGCAAGGAGCCAAGAGAAUGGCGGAGUUACUAGUGACGCACUGUUGGACUCAGCGGAAGUCAGGGACGUUGUGUCUCCCGUUCCAACGAACUCCAGGUUACAGAUGGAUGGAGAGGUGCCUGGGGGAGUCCAGAAUGGAACUGCAGAUAACCCAUCAGUUCAGUCAGUGGAGGUGAACCCCGAUGCAGAUACUCUGGACUCUGGCAGGGAGUGGCAGCUUCUUGUGCUGGGCUCGGAGGAGCCGUCAGAUGAUGCCAAGCCUUCUACUGCAACCAUGAAGGAGGAUCCUGUGUCAGAAGAUGCCGAUGCCAAAGAGGAACAGGAGAAUGGAAACUCUGACAACUCAGGGACGAUCAUGGAAACUACAUAUGACAUGGCAGGGGACAGAACGACAGCAGCUUCAGAAGUUGUCAGCACUCUCAACUGUGUUUCGGAUGUGUUGGGCCUGGAGGGGGUGAAGUACUCACACAUUCAGCUGCCUGACCUGGCGAAAAUUGAGAUUGAACUGUAUGAGAUGCAGCUGAACCGGGCACAUCAUGCGCUGCUGCAAGGUAUGAGGACCGAAACCAUUCUCAAUCAGAGGAUAGCAGCCUACUCGGCGCAGAUCAGUGCUGACUUGCAGCAGCAGCAGCAAGCUCAGCAGCAGAACAAUGCAAGGCACAGCGCACUGCCUAAAAAUCUGCAUCCUUACACCAGAGAUGAUCUUCAGGAGCUCUACUCACGGUGGUGGCUGCCCUCGUUCCGAUUUGGGGUCGAAUUUGAAAAUGUGAUGACCAUCAAACCCCACACAGAGCACAUUUCAGAACCUCACUUCUACGCGGGUUCUGUGUGGAAGGUCCGUCUCCUGAUAGAUGACGCCAAGAAUGAAGUGCGGCUUCACUUGUUCAGAAACCAGAAGCGCGUGCCAGACGUGGGUGGCAUACCUCUGUGCUACGAUGCCAGGGAGGUGGUGUGCACAAGGUUUAAGUUCCUUGUCCCAGGCAGGGACGAGACAGCUUCCCGGUCCAGCAGACCUGGCCGCUUUCAACAGAAGAAGGGCCGGGGGUGGAACGACUUCCUGCAGCUUGACAACAUUGAGCGCUUUUUGACCCCGUGGGGGAGCCUCAGGGUGACAGUAAUCGUGUACCCCCCCUUCGAGGAUGAGUAG